GUCGCAUUUUCGCAUCUUUUCCUCUUUCGCGCAGUUCGGAACUUGGUGGUGCCUAUUUUCCCGUGUUCGAUAGUGGCCAAGAGUGCGGAUAGUUUUCACCGAAAUUACACGCCACGUUAGCGAAUAAAUGUAAGCAAUCGUACGAUUGAUAGUACAGCUAGCUCUAUUAAAGCGUCCACUACAUCUGGAUGAUGUCUUAUCCACCACAAUAUUAUGGAAUGCCCAACGGUUUCCCACACACUUCCAACGGCCAAAGUCAGCAGUAUCAGUACCCGCAACAACAGCAGCAGCAGCAACCACAACAACUCCAGCAGCAGCAAAGUCAAGACCAGCAACUGUAUAAGGGACAAUCUGGAGACGCAUCGAACGUAUCCAAGGGACCUACAUUGCCGAAUGGUCCUCCGCCAGCGAUAGCGAACAGUCAGCUUCCGCCCACUACAGCGAAGCCGUUCACUGCUGCUGGUGCUGGUGGUGUCGCCGGAGGACCGCAAGCGGCGGCCGCAGCAUUCCCCAUACCGUCGCAAGGAUCAGCAGUGCCUACGCAGAUUCGAACUAACAUUGUACAGAACUGGGCAACUACGAACGGGAACAGUACCACCUCGUCGCGUACAUCUUCACCGGCCUUCGGGAGCAAUGGUAUGCCACCAGCGACUGUGGCAGCCCCCAGGACGGCGCCGGCACUAGCGCCCGAACCGGCGCGGCCCUAUCCUACAACCAACGGUAACAACAACCACAACAACAACAAUCUUCCGUCGAUGGCAUCUAGUCAACUUCAACCACCGCCACCAGCCGCACCUCAGACGCUCCCGAGUGGGCAGGCUACCGCUAGCGGCUACAACCUCAGUCCCAACAACAAUUGGUCCAGUGCGAAGAUGCCACAGCAGCCCGGCGCAGCCCAUCUCAUCAACACGCCACCAAAAAGUUCAUCCGGUAUGUCGACGCCACUGAACGCUUCUACGCCAACGCUGACCGGUCCGACGAUACUGGGCGGACAGCAGCAAAGUGUGCAAAAGUUAACCGCCAGCGUGCAGGAUCUAAGCCUGCAGCAGCCACCAACCAUGGGCGUUGCUGCGCAGGCAGCUGGCGCAGGAGCAGUAACGACGCAAGCGCCGAAUCAGCAGUCGCAACAAACACCAGCAACGGUUAACGGUGGUGGGCCACCAGUUGCCUCCACCGCUACCACAAACGGUACAAUGGGCGCAGCGGCUAUGUUUGCCUCGCAUCCGGCAGGAGCGACUGCUCGGGGGUACGGUCAAGCGCCACCACCGUCCAGUGCGCAGUAUCAACAAAUGCAGCAACAGUCACAACCACCACUAAAGCAUACACAGCAGCCGCAGCAACAAACGGCGCCAUCAUCGAUGCUUCAAGGACCAAUGCCGAAUGGGCCUGGUAGCACCACUAAUCCAUCGUUCCAGGCGGCAGCCGCUGGGAUGGGAAAGUUUAAUGCUCCUCCACCGACAGGUGCUUGCUUGGGUUCAAAUAUGCCCACAGCACUCGGUGCCGGGCAAACGCCAUUGAACAAAAGGCCCAUGUUUCCCCCGGCAUCGGCAAUGGCUGCUGCUGCUCCUCCGCCAGCGAGCGGUGGUCAGGUUCAGUCGCAAAACCCGUACACUGCUAUGAUGCAACAACCUGGCGCUCCGGUACAGACCCAGCCACAGCAUCAACUUCCAUCCCAACAACAGCAACAGUUCCAGCAGCCACCACAGCAACAGCGCAAUCAGCAGAAUCAACAACAAUUCCAUCCGCAGUAUAUGCAGCAGCAGCAACAGCAGAUGCAACCUCAGCAACAAAUGCAUCAGCAGCAACAGCAACGUCAGCAGUACGAUCAGAGCAAAUAUCAGGCGGGAUACGAUGACGGUGGGUACGGCCGAGAUUACUCGAGAAAUGUUGUGCGCACUGGCUUCAACAGCCUGUGGGGCACCAAUGCGAUCGACUUGCUGCAGAAUCGACACGUUUUACCCACCGACCGAGUUACACCACCGUCGAUACAUUUGGUGAAUCCGCUGCAAAGCUCGGCCAAUUGCAAUCCUGACAUAUUCCGAUGCACUCUAAACAAGAUACCGGAAUCAUCAUCGCUGUUGCAAAAAUCACGCCUACCACUGGGAUUGUUGAUUCAUCCGUUCCGGGAUUUGAAUAACCUGCCCGUUAUCUCCUGCAACACAAUCGUACGCUGCAAAUCCUGCCGGACGUACAUAAAUCCAUUCGUGUUCUUCUCGGAUAGCAAAAAGUGGCAGUGCAAUCUUUGCUAUCGUACAAACGAUCUGCCGGAAGAAUUUCAGUAUGAUCCAGUUACCAAAACCUAUGGCGAUCCAACCAGAAGACCAGAGAUCAAGUCCAGUACGAUCGAAUUUAUUGCUCCAUCAGAAUACAUGCUGCGUCCACCACAACCGGCCAUCUAUCUGUUCCUAUUAGAUGUAUCAUCGCUAGCCCAGCAGUCGGGCUACCUGUAUACGGUUUGCAAUACGCUGAUGGAGCAUCUGGAUUCCCUUCCCGGGGAUGCCCGUACGCAGGUCGGAUUUAUUGCGUACAACAGUGCUAUUCAUUUCUACAACAUUUCUGAAGAAUACAAUCAACCGCAUGAGGUGACGGUUUUGGAUGUUGAAGACGUGUUUCUUCCAUACCCGGACAAUCUGCUAGUGAACUUGAAGUCGUGCAAAGAGCUGGUCAAAGAUCUACUGAAACAAUUGCCCAAGCGAUUCGAACACACACACGAUACUCAUAGUGCUCUGGGAGCGGCGUUACAAGUGGCAUAUAAGCUGAUGAGCGCUUCCGGUGGACGUGUUACAGUGUUCCAGACAUGUUUACCCAACUACGGUCCAGGAGCACUGCAGUCAAGAGAAAAUCCAAACAAUCGUUCCUCGAAGGAAGUGGCCCACCUAGGACCGGCUACAGAUUUUUACAAACGUCUCGCGUUGGAGUGCUCCGGUCAGCAGAUUGCCGUCGAUGUAUUUUUACUAAAUAGUCAAUACUGUGAUUUAGCAACAAUUUCUGGCAUUAGCAAAUUUAGCGGUGGCUGCAUGCACCACAUCCCGCUGUACAGUGAAUCGAAGCCGCAGCUAGUGAAAACGCUCCGUAAGUCGUUGGAGCGUUAUCUGACGCGCAAGAUUGGGUUCGAGGCGGUGAUGCGGGUACGGUGCACUCGAGGGUUGACAAUACACACAUUCCACGGUAACUUCUUUGUCCGCUCGACGGACUUACUGUCCCUGCCGAACGUGAAUCCGGACGCAGGCUUUGGAAUGCAGAUAACGUACGAGGAAAGCUUAACCAAAAUCAAGACGGUUUGCUUCCAAGCGGCCCUGCUCUACACGAGCAGCAAGGCAGAGCGACGUAUCCGCGUGCACACGCUGUGCAUACCGGUUACGGAAAGCCUGUCGGAGGUGAUGUACUCGGCUGAUCCGCAGUGCAUAGUUGGGCUACUGUCGAAGAUGGCCGUCGAUCGUUCCGUAACGUCCAGUCUGUCCGAUGCCAGAGAUGCCUUCAUUAAUGCGACGGUCGACAUCAUCAGUGCGUUCAGGCUGGUGCAAAAUCUGGCCCAAACGUCGAGCAAGCUAAUGGUGCCGGAAAAUCUGCGACUGCUGCCGUUGUACAUACUGGCCAUGUUGAAGCAUCCUGCUUUCCGCACGGGAACGAGCACACGGCUAGACGAUCGUGUGUUUGCCAUGAGUGAAAUGAAAUCCCUUCCGCUGGAUCAACUGAUGCGGUACAUCUAUCCCGAUUUCUACCUAUUAGAUUGCCUGUUUGUAUCGGGUAAUGGUGGUUACGUCGAUGACGGACACAAGCUAGAGCCGCCACGAUUGCACUUAUCAGCCGAGAAGCUAGACUCUCGAUCGAUGUUUUUACUUGAUUGCGGUCCGUACAUGUAUAUUUAUAUCGGCUCCAAUGUGGCUUCAAGCAUAGUGCAAGAUAUCUUGGGAUACAACUCAGUCGCUGAAAUACCUGAUUUUUGCAUCGACCUACCCAGUCGGGAGACGAAAGCGAGUGAAGCUUUGUUAAAUUUCUUGGAUAUUGUAAAUGAAGAAAAACCUUACACAUCGUAUGUGCAAGUCAUUCGUGAUACCAGCCAAUUUAGGUCGGCAAUGAUAGAGAAAUUCGUAGAUGAUCGUAAUCCAAAUUCACUGUCCUACUACGAGUUUUUGCAGCAUUUAAGUACGCAAGUAAAAUAAACAAUGCGAUGGUGCAAGUGUAAAUGGCCACGAACCAGAGGAAUUUUUCUACAUCAGCUCUUCAAAGAUAAACAUUUUUUGCAACUAAAAGUAUCAUUGUAUGUAUAUAGCAUACUUACUAAGCUUAAUUGUUUUGCGGGUACGCUCGUGGUGCAAACACAAUAAACCUACAAUGCAUAUUUCGCAUACACAGUUGUGUAGCUAUGGUGAGGUAGCGACAUUCAACAUAAGUUCGAUCGAUUUUAAAACUCUUAAAAUACCGAUGUUGCAACAGAAGUGUCCCGAAACUAUAAACACAGGUCUUCAAAACGGAACGAGCUAGCAUAAUACAGAGAGUGUGUGUGCGCGCGCGCGCGCGUUUGUGUGUGUGUGUGUGUGUGUGUGUGUGUGUGUGUGUGUGUGUGUGUGUGUGUGUGUGUGUGUGUGUGUGUGUAGAGAUAUUGCUUUGGCAUGGGUUGAUCUAUUAUAAUCCCAAAUAGUACGUAUUAAAGCCCGACAGUGCAUUAAGCAGACGGUUAUAAACAAUUUGAACAAAAAAUCGCAUCUGGCAAAUGGAAAGUGGAAAUUUGUGAACCAGCAGCAGUAAUGGGACACACCAUGGUGUAACAGCAAAUAGAAUAGUUAGUGUGGCAGGUAUGAUAUCUUAGUUUUAAUUUAGGAAACAAAUAAUGAAUAAA